AUGUUGUCUGGUAACACUCACCACGGGUCGCUGUUCAUCAAACCUCAGCACCCGUUACGGCGGAUGAGGCUGACUGCUCGACUCAGUGCAUGGAUGACCAAGUCGAAUUCCAUUUUGGCGUCACUUCGCGGCCACGAUGCACUGCGGCAGUAUGGAACCCCCGCCCUCUGCAGCCCCUCUACGACCAACUUCGUGGCACAAAGCCCGUUCAUACUUGGAGUCGCCCCGGAACGCUGA